AUGAACACAUACCGUGCCCUGCGACGCCUGGCGAAGGCGGACGGACUCUCUAAGUUCGCCAACAGCACAGCUACCGCAGCAGCAUGUCGGAGCUUUUCGACGGCAGCUCCCCCGGCGGACACACUUCCCUUGGCGGGCAUACGGGUUUUGGACAUGACGAGGGUUCUUGCUGGGCCAUACUGUACUCAAAUACUCGGAGAUUUAGGAGCGGAAGUGGUCAAAAUUGAACAUCCCUUGAGAGGAGACGACACACGAGCGUGGGGUCCUCCAUAUGCGAAAUACAAAGACAGUGCGAAGGAAGGUCCCGGAGAAAGCGCAUACUACUUAGCUGUCAACCGAAACAAAAAAUCAGUCGGACUUUCGUUUGCUCAUAAGUCCGGCAUUGAGAUCCUCCAUAAGCUCGCAAUGGAGAGCGAUGUGUUUGUGGAGAACUAUAUUCCUGGAUCUUUGGCGAAGUAUCAAAUGGACUACGAAUCCCUUCGAGCCAUAAACCCGAGAUUGAUAUACGCCAGUGUGACUGGCUACGGGCAGACAGGACCCUACAGCAAACGUGCUGGCUACGAUGUGAUGGUUGAAGCUGAGAUGGGGUUGAUGCAUAUUACCGGAUCGAGAGACGGGCCUCCCGUGAAAGUUGGUGUCGCCGUGACUGAUCUAACAACCGGCCUGUACACGUCCAACGCUAUCAUGGCGGCAUUAAUAGCUCGGGGUAGAACUGGAAAGGGCCAACAUAUCGAUGCCUGUCUGAGUGAUUGUCAAGUGGCCACACUAGCAAAUCUUGCGAGCUCAGCACUGAUUAGCGGCGAAAAGGAUUCAGGCAGAUGGGGAACAGCUCAUCCUUCUAUCGUGCCAUACCGAAGUUUCAAAACCAAAGACGGCGACAUUCUUCUUGGCGGUGGAAACGACAGGCUCUUUGGAGUUCUUUGUGAUAGACUGGGCCACCCGGAGUGGAAAACAGACACACGGUUCACAACCAAUGCUCUGCGUGUCGAGAAUCGGGAGAUCAUCGACAAGCUCAUUGAAGACCUUACAGAGCAGAGGACAACUCAGGAAUGGUUGGAUGUCAUGGAAGGCAGUGGCAUGCCAUAUGCGGCUGUGAAUGAUAUCCAGGGAGCUCUUAAUCAUUCUCACGUCCUUGCUCGGGAAAUGGUACAGGAGGUAGACCAUCCAGACUGUGGACCUAUCAAGCUUGUUAAUACGCCAGUUAAAUACUCUCACGCUACGCCGGGUAUCAGAACACCACCUCCGACACUUGGACAGCAUACCGAUGAGGUACUACGAAAUAUUAUGGGCUACAAUAAAGAAAAGAUAGCUCAGUUAAAGGCGGAAGGGAUCGUUUCGUAG